CCCACCAGAGGCAGUCAUGAGCCCUCCACGCCGAUCAUCGAGUUCCCAUGGUGACAGGACCUCCACUGAGACCUUGCAGAAAAACAACAGCAGUAACUCAGGCGUAAUUCUGGACAUCUCAGCUCUCAAGAUGGCGGAAGUGGACACAGAGGUGCCUCCUCUUCCACCUCGCUACCGCUUCAGGGACUUGCUGCUGGGGGACCAGACGUUUCAGAAUGAUGACAGGGUGCAGGUAGAGUUCUAUGUGAACGAAAACACCUUCAAGGAGAGGCUGAAGCUUUUCUUCAUCAAAAACCAAAGGUCAAGCCUGAGAAUCCGCUUGUUCAACUUCUCACUGAAGAUUCUCACCUGUGUCCUCUACAUAGUGCGAGUCAGUCUGGAUGACCCGAGGGAAUAUAAUCGCACCUCCUGUGCAAUAUGCCGGAACAGCAGUUGGAAUAAUACAGCAGAGUCGACAGGAAUCAACUGGGAGUUGAUUUUCUGGGUGCACAGAAAGGAUUCUGUCUGGGCGAUACAGGUGACAGUGGCCUUAAUCAGUUUCUUGGAGACUAUGCUUAUCACAUAUCUCAGCUACAAGGGGAACAUUUGGGAGCAGAUCUUCCAGAUAUCCUUCAUAUUGGAGAUGAUCAAUACAGUGCCAUUUGUAAUCACAAUCUUCUGGGGUCCGUUAAGACACAUAUUCGUCCCUGUAUUUCUUAACUGCUGGCUAGCCAAAGGUGCCCUGGAGAACAUGAUAAAUGAUUUUCAUCGUGCCAUCCAGAGGACCCACUCUGCCAUGUUCAACCAGGUGUUCAUCCUCAUCUGCACAUUACUGUGUCUGGUUUUCACUGGAGCUUGUGGGAUCCAGCAUCUAGAGAGGGCCGGGAAGAACCUGUCCCUGUUUGACUCGUUCUACUUCUGCAUCGUCACCUUCUCCACUGUGGGCUACGGAGAUGUCACGCCUCAGAUCUGGCCCUCCCAGCUGCUAGUGGUCAUCCUCAUCUGUGUUGCCCUCGUGGUCCUCCCGCUACAGUUUGAAGAGCUUGCGUACCUGUGGAUGGAGAGCCAGAAGUUGGGUGGGAACUACAGCCGUCACCGGGCGCAGACAGAGAAACAUGUGGUGUUGUGUGUCAGCUCGCUCAAGAUAGACCUGCUGAUGGAUUUCCUCAAUGAGUUCUACGCUCAUCCCAGACUACAGGACUACUACGUGGUGAUCCUGUGUCCGACAGAGAUAGACAUUCAGGUUCGCCGUAUCCUCCAGAUCCCUCUGUGGUCCCAGAGGGUUAUUUACCUGCAGGGAUCCGCCCUCAAAGACCAGGACCUGAUGAGGGCCAAGAUGGACGACGCUGAGGCCUGUUUCAUCCUGAGCAGCAGGAACGAAGUCGACCGAACCGCUGCUGAUCACCAGACUAUUCUGAGGGCUUGGGCUGCAAAGGACUUUGCGCCAAACUGCCCCCUCUACGUCCAAAUUCUCAAACCUGAAAACAAAUUUCAUGUCAAGUUUGCUGAUCAUGUCGUAUGUGAAGAGGAGUUCAAGUAUGCCAUGUUGGCACUCAACUGUGUGUGUCCGGCCACGUCCACCUUAGUCACUCUCUUGGUUCACACCUCCAGAGGACAGGAAGGGCAGUUGUCGCCAGAGCAGUGGCAGCGGAUGUACGGACGCUGCUCUGGAAACGAGGUCUACCACAUCCGCUUGUGUGACAGCAAGUUUUUUGGGGAGUAUGACGGGAAGAGCUUCACCUACGCCUCCUUCCACGCCCACAAGAAGUACGGCGUUUGUUUGAUCGGAGUGAAGAGGGAAGACAACAAGAGCAUCCUCCUGAACCCCGGACCUCGCCACAUCAUGGCCGCCGCCGACACCUGCUACUACAUCAACAUCACCAAGGAGGAGAACUCGGCCUUCAUCUUCAAGCAGGAGGAGAAGCACAGCAAGGGCCUGCCAGUCACCGGCCUCUACGACGCCCCCUCCAGGCUGCCUGUGCACAGCAUCAUCGCCAGCAUGGGAACUGUAGCCAUAGACCUCCAGCACCCCGAUCCCCCUGAGGAAAGCAGCAAACUGACCUUACCAACAGAAAACGGUGCCGGAAGCCGGAGGCCGAGCAUCGCACCUGUUCUGGAAAUCGCUGACUCCUCCGCCAUCCUGCCCUGCGACCUCCUCAGCGACCAGUCGGAGGACGAGACCAACCAGUCAGAUGAGGAAGGCUCUGUCGGGUCAGAUUUCGUGAAGGGCUACCCCCCCAACUCGCCCUACAUCGGCAGCUCUCCAACUCUGUGCCACCUCCUACCGCAGAAAGCUCCGUUCUGCUGCCUCCGCCUCGACAAGGGCUGCUCACAUAGCAGCUUUGAGGAUGCGAAGGCGUACGGCUUCAAGAAUAAGCUGAUUAUAGUGUCAGCGGAGACAGCGGGAAAUGGUCUCUACAAUUUCAUCGUCCCUCUGCGAGCUUAUUAUCGACCCAGAAAGGAGCUCAACCCCAUAGUGCUGCUACUGGACUACCCCCCAGACAACCACUUCUUAGAGGCCAUUUGCUGCUUUCCGAUGGUUUACUUCAUGGCCGGCACUAUCGAUAACUUGGACAACCUGCUCCAGUGUGGCAUCAUCUAUGCCGACAACUUGGUGGUUGUGGACAAGGAGAGCACCAUGAGCGCUGAGGAAGACUACAUGGCCGACGCCAAGACCAUCGUCAACGUCCAGACUAUGUUCAGGUUGUUCCCGAGUCUCAGCAUCAUCACCGAGCUCACACAUCCGUCCAACAUGAGGUUCAUGCAGUUCAGGGCCAAGGACUGCUACUCACUCGCUCUCUCCAAACUGGAGAAGAUAGAGCGUGAUAAGGGCUCCAACCUGGCCUUCAUGUUCCGGCUGCCGUUUGCUGCAGGCAGGGUGUUCAGUAUCAGCAUGCUGGAUACGCUGCUUUACCAGUCGUUUGUUAAAGACUACAUGAUCGCUAUCGCAAGGCUUCUGCUGGGUCUGGACACCACGCCUGGCUCCGGCUACCUGUGUGUCAUGAAGGUCACAGAGGAGGAUCUGUGGAUCAGAACUUAUGGCAGACUCUUCCAGAAACUCUGUUCCUCCAGUGCUGAGAUCCCCAUCGGGAUCUACCGCACCGAGUCACACAUGUUCUCAACCUCAGAGUGCAAGGACAGUUACGCACAGUCUCAGGUGUCCAUCAACGUGGAGCAGGGCGAGGAGCAUCGCGACCGCGGAGACACCUGGAAGGAGAAGACGGCCCACAGAAACUCCACCACGAGCGACCAGUCGGAGCACCCGCUGCUGAGGAAGAAGAGCAUGCAGUGGGCGAGGCGGCUGAGCAGGAAGAGCAACAAGCCGUCGAGCCGAGCUGAGCGGAUCUCGCAGCAGAGACUCAGCCUGUACCGGCGCUCGGAGCGGCAGGAGCUGUCCGAGCUGGUCAAGAACCGCAUGAAGCACCUGGGCCUGCCCACCGUGGGAUACGACGAGAUGAACGACCACCAGAACACGCUGUCCUACGUCCUCAUCAACCCUCCUCCUGACACCAUGCUGGAGCUCAACGACAUCGUGUACAUUAUCCGGUCCGACCCGCUGGCCCACGUGCCGGACGACUCCCAGGUGGGUCAGGCUCGCAGCAGCAGACGUCAGCAGGACUUUGGCACAGAGACGAGAGACGAGACUCACCUCUGAACCUCCCCCUCCAUCAGCCCUCGACACCCUGACCCUUAACCUUCGAGCCGGUUUGUCUCCCGCAGAAGAGGGCUCGUCUCGGGCCGAGAGCGGCUGCCCAUAGUGAAUGUGCGUAUCUCUCUGAAAAGAUGGCGUUAAGAGAGCUGCUGUUUCCCACCGAGCUGCUACAGGAGGAUGCAUGAAGAGUGCCUCGACCCCGACUCCUCCCCCUCCACACACCUGACGUACACCUCGCAAAACCAGACCGAGACCCGGGCCCUGACCACGGCUCCCUCCUCCCAACCAAAUGACGUUGUGAGGGGUCCUCGAAACAGUUGAAGGAGGGGUUUUUUUGUGCACAUGCUGGAAAUCCAGUCAUCACUUCACUGCCCAUGUUUCACCGCGGGGUGAAGCUGCCCUCGUGCCACGACCCGGUCCCGGACCCUCUGCGCCUGAUUCUACCUAAACACAUAAGACUCGGGGCAACUGCACCCUCCUCCACAUCCUAACAAUCACGUUUUCUAAAGACAAGACGGAUAAAUGCUUUGAAUUUCUACCUUUUCAAGCAUUUAUCGUGAAGUUCCAGAACAUGUGCACUUUUUUUUAUUUAUUUAUUACCUUAAAUUAUUCUUUCAGACUUUGAUCAGACAGGAUUUUCCUUUUUCUUUACGAGCACAAAACUUUUUUACGACAAACUGCCAUCUGUGAAUAUUCGCGCCGAAGUGGCACUUUGAUCAGCCAUGUUAGCAUUUCUUUCUCCGUUUUGGAACUUUUGUUGUGAUUAUAUAAUGGAAAAAGUGAAUAUUGUUAAUUUAUUUCACUAUCGUAAGUGUCCCAGAUCACGUCUGCUCUACUCUAUGUGCCAUUUUGUUUCCUCUAUUGCUUUGUAAAUACGGUUAAAUUAUUUGCACAUUACGUGCCAUGCUGCAUAUAUUCUAUUCUACUCUAUUUUGUGACACCAGUGUUCAUCCAUGUAGGACCUGACUGAAACGUCUACAGAUGAAGCAACGAAAUGCCAAAAGAAAACUGUUAAACGAAGGACGCAUUCAUAAAAA